AUGCUUUGGACUGAGCCCGCUGGCGUCACUCCAGGGAAAACUCGCGGUUCUACUCAUUUCAGUCUGAUUAGGUUCAAUGAAACAGCAUACUCCGAAAUUCGUCGGUUCAUUGUUAUAAGUAACAAGGGACAGUACAGUCAGUGCAUACCUAUCCAGACAUACCGUGGGCAAGGUACUCGUAAGCAUGGUAUCGUUGUCGAGGAUCACUCGUUGAUCUAUACUGGCGACGAGGAUGACGAACCGCCCGAACUCCUUCCAGGCGAACGGAUCACAAAACAACCGCUACGGGUAGAGCCAACGGGCUCGGAAACUCUCGAGUCUGCCUCUCGAGUGAACUUUGGUAAGGUGUACACUGUGGAACACAACGUCAAAGUGUUGGACAUUGGCGUUGUUUGUCCACAGCACAUAUACCUCUUGGUGAACUACUUCACCGACGCUUUGACCUCAGUGUAG